GGACUUAGGCGCAAGGAGACGUUUGGCUGCGGCGGUCUCCGGCGGGAAGACAGGACGGGGUCGGCCGGGCUGGGAUGAGAUCACCCAUGUCGCUGCUCCGUCGCCGAGUCCCCGGCGGGAUUGUCGCCACCACCGCUGCUCUCACCCCGAGGAGCCUGAUGAGGCUGGUACCGGAGGGCAAACCGGUGUUUGGAAACUGUUGGCACAACCAUUUGAGAACAUUGAGUUCAAAUUUACUGCCAGAGGAACAGAUGAGGCUUUUUCAAGGUGGUCCUGAUUUGAAAGAGUUUAUAUCCGGAGAGCUUUCUGACAAAACUAAGUGGGCAGAGUACAAAGGCAAUUUAAAACGCCAAAAAGGGGAAAGGUUACGGCUUCCUCCAUGGUUGAAAACUGAGAUCCCAAUUGGAAAAAAUUACAGUAAACUGAAGAAUACAUUGCGCAGUUUAAAUCUCCAUACGGUGUGUGAGGAAGCCAGGUGUCCAAACAUUGGAGAGUGCUGGGGAGGAGGUGAAUAUGCUACUGCUACAGCCACUAUAAUGUUAAUGGGGGAUACAUGUACAAGAGGUUGUCGCUUCUGCUCAGUAAAGACGUCAAGAAGUCCUCCUCCGUUAGAUCCAGAGGAACCAUAUAACACAGCAAAUGCAAUCGCUGAAUGGGGACUGGAUUAUGUUGUAUUGACCUCUGUGGACAGGGAUGAUCUUUCUGAUGGAGGAGCCGAGCACAUUGCAAAGACUGUAUCACGUUUAAAAGAAAGGAAUCCGAAAAUUCUUGUAGAAUGCUUAACUCCUGACUUCCGAGGGGAUCUCAAAGCAGUGGAGAAAGUUGCUUUGUCUGGGUUAGAUGUGUAUGCCCACAAUGUGGAGACAGUUCCAGAAUUGCAGAGCAGAGUUCGUGACCCUCGGGCAAACUUUGAGCAAUCCAUUUGCAUUUUGAAGCACGCUAAGAAAGUUCAGCCAAAUGUAAUUUCUAAAACAUCUGUCAUGCUUGGCCUGGGGGAAACUGAUCAACAGUUACAUGCCACACUGAAAAGAUUACGUGAAGCAGAUGUGGAUUGCUUGACCUUGGGACAGUACAUGCAACCAACAAAACGGCAUUUAAAGGUUGAAGAAUAUGUUACUCCGGAGAAGUUUAAAUACUGGGAGAAGGUUGGAAACGAACUUGGAUUUCAUUACACUGCUAGUGGGCCUCUCGUGCGUUCGUCUUACAAAGCAGGUGAAUUUUUCUUGAAAAACCUAAUACACAUGAGGAAGAAGAAAGACAUCUGAAGUGUCAAACAUGAACAGGAAGAAUUCUACUACUUUAAUUGUAACGUUUUAAAUGGCAACAUCACAGAUUAAACCCAAUGACCAGUUUGGAGGGCUUUUGUUGCUUUAUCAAAAUUAAACCUUGCUACAAAAUA